GCAGCUCAGCGGCAGCAGCAGCAGCAGAGGAAGGAUACGGAACAUCCUCGUCCCCGGCGCAGCCUGUGAGCAUCUCCGACAAAUAACGAGAAUAAAAUGGCCACCGCCUCCUCCAAUCUGGAAGAAGACGAAAGUCUGAAGAGCUGCGAAGUUUACGUGCAAAAGCACAACAUCCAGCAGAUCCUGAAGGAGUGCAUCGUCAACCUGUGCAUUGCCAAGCCCGAGCGGCCUAUGAAGUUCCUGCGGGAACACUUUGAAAAACUGGAAAAGGAGGAGUGUAAGCAGAUCCUGGCGCGCCAGAAGUCCAACUCCCAGUCGGACUCCCAUGACGACGAGGUGUCCCCCCCGCCCCCCAACCCCGUGGUCAAGGCGCGUCGCCGCAGGGGGGGGGUCAGCGCCGAGGUCUACACGGAGGAAGAUGCCGUCAGCUACGUCCGCAAGGUCAUUCCUAAAGACUACAAGACCAUGACGGCCCUGGCCAAAGCCAUCUCCAAGAACGUGCUGUUCGCACACCUGGACGACAACGAGAGGAGUGACAUCUUUGAUGCCAUGUUUCCUGUCACACAUAUCGCUGGGGAGACAGUUAUUCAACAAGGGGAUGAGGGGGACAAUUUCUACGUGAUUGACCAAGGUGAAGUUGAUGUGUAUGUGAAUGGCGAGUGGGUCACCAGCAUUGGCGAGGGCGGCAGCUUUGGAGAGCUGGCGUUGAUCUACGGGACGCCCCGCGCCGCCACCGUCAAGGCCAAGACUGACCUCAAGCUGUGGGGCAUCGACCGCGAUAGCUACCGCCGCAUCCUCAUGGGCAGUACACUGAGGAAGAGGAAGAUGUAUGAAGAGUUUCUGAGCAAAGUCUCCAUCCUUGAGUCUCUUGAGAAGUGGGAGCGCCUGACGGUGGCCGAUGCUCUGGAGCCGGUGCAGUUUGAAGAUGGAGAGAAGAUUGUGGUGCAGGGAGAACCUGGAGACGACUUCUUCAUCAUCACCGAGGGUACGGCCUCUGUGCUGCAGCGGCGUUCUGACAAUGAGGAGUAUGUGGAGGUGGGACGCCUGGGGCCCUCAGACUACUUUGGUGAGAUAGCCCUGCUGCUCAAUCGUCCUAGGGCCGCCACGGUGGUGGCGCGGGGGCCCCUGAAGUGCGUGAAGCUGGACCGGCCGCGCUUCGAGCGAGUCCUGGGACCCUGCUCGGAGAUCCUGAAGAGGAACAUCCAGCGAUACAACAGCUUCAUCUCCCUCACCGUCUGAGACCAUGGAGGAGGAGGAGGAGCAGGGGAGAGAGGGAGGAGAGGGGAGGGGGGGGGAGCAGAGCAGGCAGCCCCACUAACAGGGGGGGCACGAUGGUGAUGAAGCAGUGCUGCUUUUGCUAGGCAGCGGGCGUGCGCAGUUAGCCAGUUUGAUGCAUUGCGGUUGGAAUUUUCCAAUCAGAAUGCAUCAAACUGGCAAAGUGUGCAUGCUCGCUGCCUAGCAAAAGCAGGCACUGCUUCAUCACGAUGGUGUCCAGGGUUUAGUGUGUAGGUGGAGGGGUAUGGA